AUGGUUUGGAUAGAGGAAACAAGGGGUGGCAUCGAAGUCUUGCUCCCCGAACUCGGUGAGGUAUCGAAGCCUUUCGCCCCAAGUGUGUCGGGGUCCCACAGAGGCAGGAAGGACUGUGUGAAGACGCUGAAUUUGUUGAUGCAGGGUUUAGGGCUUAGGGUGCAGUUUUUGCUCGUGCUGAUGCGGCGGUCCGGUUUGUCAGUGGGAGUAGCUCCGCCGAAUUUGGGACGGUUCAGUGACUUUGGGCUUGAAGCUGCCGGGGUCAAUCUUGAUCAUUUCUCACGCGCGAUUCGCGAAUUCUGCGUCAAGAAAAGGGUCCGAAGCUUGUCCGUUGAGAAGUGCAUCAGGGUAAUCCAGGGGAUGAAGGGUGGAGAAACAUGUUUCAGCAGCGCGCGCGUCUGCACAUGGACUUCGGGUGAGCCGUGCAGUACCCGGCUUCGCUGCCCUUGUCCGCCCCUAUGCUCUAGAGGUCCUGACAACCUGCUGCUCCACCGCCCCGAGCACCGAGUUCCUGCGACGCCGAUCCAGGGCUCCGCAGUUCGCGGCUUGAGGGUGGCGGCCGCCCCAGCAGGCUCCGGGGUGCAGGCGCAAAGCUGCAAGGGCGUUCAGGGUUUGCAGUGCAGGCACAUGCCUUCAGCCGCUCGGGUGGCUGCUGGGUCAUUGCCUGGGGUGCUUAUGUGA